UUGCCCAGAAUUGUGCAAAGUGACUGCAUAAGGUCCUCUUUGCCCAGCUCAGGACACCACCACCUCUGGGACUCAGUGCCAUGCAGGGAGACCCAGGGCCUCGAAGGAGAGGACUGUUGUCCGUGACCUUCAGAUCGGGGUAUGGAGCAACUCAGACCCAAGUCAGGGUGAAGGGCUGCCCUGAGCGUUUUCCUCCGGCCCACCCAGGACUCAGCCUGCUCCUUAUUUUUGGGACCUGAGAGGGAAUUGUAGACAGUGUACUGACUCUGAGGGCUCCUCCCUGCACCUUACCCUUUGUAGAUCACCCCACUGGCUUUCCCCAGAGCAGCCAUCCCAGUGCUAAUAUCAAGGCUCCCAAUCCUCAAGGCCAGAAGAAAUUCCUAUCUAUGAUGGGAGAGCAGGAGUUGGAGGAGCACAGAUUGGGGGGUGAGUUCCAGUGCCAGAGGAACUGGUGCCUGGGUCUCUCGGCAGCUGCUGGAGCCACCGUCUGCUGCCCUGUCUCUUGGCCAUGGUAAUGGUCAGUGGCUAAUGAGGCCUGGGACUCCCUGCUGAGCCCACAGAUGCAAGAUGCUCCUGGGUCUUUAGCGACUUUCCCCAUGACAAAACAGCCUGCAUGCUCAGGUUGCAGAAGCAGGCACAGAGGGACUCCUGGGGAGUGGGGGUUGGCCAGAACCUCGGUGGCCCAGGCCCCAUUCUGAGUGUUGGAGGCCACUGGGAGACCUGAGGUGGGCUCUGCUCUGCUGCUGGCUACCCAUGGCCAAGAGCUUGCAGAGUUCUGGGGCUGAGCCCCGGGCACUUCAGUGCGAUGUCAUUUGCUCAUCCUCCCGAUCAGGCACAAGUAGAUGGUGAACUGCCCCCACCCCACCACAGCCCUCAGCUCUCUGCUCCCUCACUGUACCUGCAUAGGAAAACCUGAUCUAUAGGCAGCUUAGAAAACUUUAUGUAGCAUCUGUGUGUGCACAUGCAUGGAAUGGGUCUUCAAAAAGUUCAUGGAAUAUGCAUAUUCACUGUGUUCAUUUGAGGGGCAAAGAAACAUGCUCACACAGAGAGAGAGAGAGCGAGCUCCCAUCCACAGUCACCCCCCAAAUGCCCACAAUGGCUGAGGCUAAGCCAGGCCAGACUUUGAAGUCAGGAGGGCAUUCCAUAUUUUCCAAAUGGUGUUAGCAAUCAACUUGAGGCAUCACCACUGCCUUCCAUGGUCUCCAUGAGCAGGAAGCUGGAGUCAGGAACCAGAGCCAGGAAUCACACUCAGAUACUCUUAUUCAGACAGCUUAGCUCCUACACUAAAGUACGCUCCUCAUGUUAUUUUUGAGGUUUAUUUAUUUGAAAGGCAGAGUUAGAGGAGGAGGGGGAGGGAGAAUAUCUUCCAUCUACUGGUUCAUUCCACAAAUGGCCACAACAGGGGCUGCAUCAGGCCAAAGCCAGAAACCAGGAGCUUCUUCCAGGUCUCCCACAUGGGUAGCAGGGGCCCAGGGACUUGGGUCAUCAGCUGCUGCUUUCCCUGGUGCAUUAGCAGGGAGCUGGAUUGGAAGUGGAUCCGCUAGGUCCCCACUCUGUGCCCAUAUGGGGUGCUGGCAUCACAGGCACAGGCUUAACCUGAUAUGCCACAAUGCCGGCUCCCCAAUAUUUAAAUUCUAGUUUUUCCUGAAGUCUACAGGGUCUUCUUGCACACACUGUGUAGUGUUUUUCUUUUGGACAAGGCAGUGAUUUUGUUUCUUUUUCAUUUCUUCAUUCCUUUCCCUUUUUUAAAAAAAAGGCAGUAUACACUUAUUUAUAUGCCACAUGCUCACCCACUUAAUGUGUAUGAAUCAAUAGUUUUUAGUAUGCCAGUGGAGUUCUAUAUCCAUUGCCAAAAUCCAGUUUGUGAACAUUUCAUCCUAUGCCCUCCAGUAAAGCCUUGUCCUCGUGAACCCCUCCCAUCCCCCUCCCAUCUGUCAGCCCUAGGCCAGCUCUCUGCUUUCUCUCUGUGCAUUUGGUGGUUGUGUGUGUGUGUGUGUGUGUGUGUAUAACCUCAGCUCCCACGCUCUUGAGCAAACUGGCUGCUCAGUGUGGCUCCUCUCCCUCCAUAGGCACCGUAUCAGGCUCCCCGUGGUCCAUGGCCUUAGUGCUGCCUGCCCUCUGGGGCUGUGUACUGGGGACCAACCUGCGCCCCAUGUUUCCACUCCUCUGGGCCUUUGCACCUGUUCGUCCCUGUGCCUGGCAAAGCCCAACCACUGGCUUUUGUCACCUCCUCCGAGGAGCCUACCCUGUCCCCUCCAGCCAGUCACCUCUGCGGGUUGCCCCUGCCGCCCAGCCCUGUGGGGUGCCGUGGUCUUUGGCGUCAGGGCAGCAGCCAGGGCUCUGAGCGUGGGUGGCUAGCAGACAAGCCCCGUCUUUGGAGUCAGGAGUCUGGGUUUCCAGCCAGGGCUGCUCCCCAAGAGACGAGGGAUCCGAGUCCCACGGCUUCACCCCUCUGAGCCCGUCUCAUCUUUGAGUUGGGCCUCACGACGUCCGCACAGAACUCUGACGCUCCUUUAAGCUAAAGGCUGAGGGGGACCCGAGCUUGCCGAGCCCAGCACCUCCUUUGCUUUAUUAAGGGAGGGAGGUGGGGCUUACAGAGGGAGGGAGCGGCCAGGAACCGUCGUCCUCCUUACAACAGGUGAGGGGUGCGCUAAGUUCGGGGUAGAAAGUCCUUAAGGAAUGAAUGAAUGAGUGAACGAAUUUAACCGGCUCCCGACUCUGGAGACUCCAACUUGACCUCGUCCCUCUUCAGCACAGCGGACACAGGAAGUCCCGCCCCCGGCCGCCGCAGCCCCGCCCCGGCCGCCGCAGCCCCGCCCAUCGCCUAACCGUUGCGUGGCCGCCACGCGGCCGUUGCCUCCCUGGGUCGCCGCCGGCUGAGGCGGGCGGUGGCGCCGUGGUCCGAGCCCCCUGCCGUCGGGCACGGCCGCUCGCAGGGACUGCAGGCGCCUGGGGAACCGACCUGCAGCUGGGCCGCCCUGGCCGGUCAGCCCUUCUGGCCCUACCGGGCCUCCAGCUCGGCCUGGCUUCUCAGCGCCAGCCGGGUUCCGCCGCCUCUGACCGAGAGCCCAACACCCAGUGUCCACCCACGUCUUGCCUCGGGUCUCGCUCGUGCCUUGCCUUUCCCCAGACGGUGAAGACCCGUGGAGGCGGCGCUGGGCGCUCGCGCACCCCGGCAGGCCCCCCUGAGCCGUGCCCGGGCAUGGUCCCCCCACCCCUCCCCCUGCUGUGCUGCCCGGAACCGCGCUCACCUGGGGCAGGCACCCCAGGAAGGUGGACAGACUGACCCUGGACUUGUGAAAGGAGGAGCAGCUGGGCUUGAGGGGGAGAAACGGGGGCCGCUUCGUAGGCUGACCCCUGCAGCCACCGCUCUCUCUGCCUCCUCCUCCUUUGGGUCCCUGAAUCCACGAGCACCUACAGUGUGCCAGGCGGGGAUCCAUCCCGGGCAUGGACGGGAGGGAGGAGGGUGGGCGUGCUGGGAGAGGCAGGGCCCCUCCUGGGAGCAGAGGGGUGACGGCCUUUGCUUUCUCUCAGCCAGGAGGGCCAGCAAGUGGGCGCCCCGCAGCAGGUCCCUGCUCACUGGGAUAGGGAGGCUGAGGACCAGGCAGGCACAGAGCCCAUCACCUCCAUCUCAGCGCUCAGCAGUGCGACCUGGACACAGGAGUCGGCCGGAGCACCAGGGCAGCAGGAGUCCUCAGCAGAGCCUGCCCACACCUGCAGCUCCAGUGCCUGGUGUCUCCUGAGAGCCUCCCUGGCCUGCACAGGAUCUGGCACUGGCGAAUGGUUGCAAACAGUGAUCACCUGUGGAAAACGCUGUGUGUGAGGAGGUGGCACUUGUGCAAAUGUGACUGCGAGUGGCUGGGUUCUCAGCCGUGGAAGCAGGUCUUCCUCCAGAUGAACAGGCGGGAACGACGGAUGGCGCACGCACGGCCAGAGGACUUCGUCUGCAAAGAAGUCACUGGGAAUGUGGGAAUCCUGGGACCUAUAGCUUAUCUCACAAGAAAUGACCUCACAACAGACAGACCCUCACGACCCAUCGUCUGCGCUGUGUCUUCGUUUGACAAACUUUAUGCCUGGGAUGUCCAAAAGGGCGACAUCUUCUGGUCCAGUCCAGUCCAGGACUCAAGUAUCACGAAUCUGGUGACCCUGCCGGAUCUGUGUGUGGCAGUCACUAUGGAUAUGGAGAGAACUAUCAAAGUGUGGGACUGUCUCCGUGAGGAUGCUCUGAGUGAAUUCUUUAUGCCUUACGACUGCUUCUCCUUGAUAGCCUUUCUCUCCGCGCGUGGCCCAGUACUCAUGGUGGGAGAUUCUACAGGUGACAUCUACACAUUUAAGAUGCCUAGCUUGACAGAAAUUUCUAGAACAAAAGCUUUUCAAUUCAGUGUUGAUAUUCUACGCUGCUCUCCGUGUGGGAAGUGGGUCUUUGUGUGUGGGACACAACAAUGUUCCUUCCCGAAGGUCUUUCUUACAGAGUGCUUAUUGAAGCCACCGGACAGCACUCCUCUGUCUUUCUCUCUCCCAUUUUUAUCAUGCCUUGGGGCCAGCUGGACCCCAAGAAGGGAAAAUAGGAUAACGCUGAUGUUCCGAAGAGAUUCAAAAAAGAUGGGAUUUAUGACCUUCGACCUGACAACUCAGAAGACUGAGGACAAAACUGUCAUCGGAGCACAGCAGAUCGCCAAUUUCCUGCUGCCAGAUCACAUAGAGAACCCCAGCUGGAUGGGAGUCAACGAGGCCGACAUGAUUGUCUUUGGCAGUGGGCCGUACCUGUUCCUCUUCACCAUCGGCGGCCUCCUGCUGCGACAACUGGAGGACCACCAGACAGCCAUCAGGAGCCUAUGGGUGGAUCCUAUCCGCGUCCUCAGCACAGCCACGGAUGGUUCUCUGCACGUGUACGUGUGGGAAGAGGGAGGCCGUUACCCGUACCUCAGGAGCUGCUGCCACCUGAAGCAUGAGGAGACAGAGCAGACGCUGGGCUGCUAUGUCUCCAAUGCAAUAUGUGAUAACGUGAGCAUAGUACGCGUCCUGUCGAGAAUUCGUAACUCCAGCAUUCUGGUGAUGUACACUUUGAAAGGAAAUUAAUCUGUACCAUCCCCCUUAAUAUAGUAAAGAUGAGUCUAUUUGCAAGCCAAGAAUGUUUUAGUGAUGUAAAGUGGCUAUUUAACUUCCUGAAGUGAGUCAGGCACUGUGACAGAUUCUUUGGACAGGCCUUAUCCAGAGCAUGUGUGUAGCAACAUAACUUAGUCCUGGCCAUCAAGGUGAAGUGCUCGACUCGGCAUCCUAGGAAAGUGGCCUUGGAGUGGCAUGGAAAAGGUACUCUGGCCAGGCUGUCAAAGUGCCCAUCAUCCCCUGCUAUUGGGGAAAACCUCAAACUAUAACCAAGAGCAGAGCGAGCAGCUCCGUGUAAGGAUGGUGGAGGGCAGGCUGGGUGGAGCAGACAUCCAUCAGGCUUUCUAAACAGCACGGGGCGCAGCACAGUUGGUCACGUGUCUGGUCUGUUUCAGAAACAGUCUGUGUGGCUAUGUCAGUGAGAGGGGAAGACACGGUGGGAUGGCCUGGAGGGUUCAAUCCUGCAGACAAGGGCAGGUAUUAAACGUAAUGUCAAGUAGUUAACAUAAUCUAAAUGCUGUGGUAACACCUGGAGGAUUGAGUUUUGUUUUUAAAAAGAUUGUCUAAAAAAUACUUUUUCCAGAUUUAUUUAUUUGAAAGUCAGUUAUAGAGGGGGAGAAGGUGAAAGGGGGAUUUUCCAUCCUCUGGUUCACUCCCCAGUUGGUCUCAACAGCUGGAGCUCUGCCGAUCAGAAGUCAGGAGCUUACUCUGGCUCUUCCCGCACGGAUGCAGGGGCCCAAGGAUUUGGGCCAUCUUCUGCUUUCUGAGACCACAGCAGAGAGCUGGAUGGGAAGUGGAGCAACCGGGUCUUGAACCGGUGUCCAUAUGGGAUGCCAGUGCUUUAGGCCAGGGCGUUAACCCGCUGUGCCACAGCACCAGCCCCAACAUUUUUUUUCUUAAAGAUUUGUUUCUUUGAAAGGCAAAGUUAUGGGGCCUUCAGUGUCGGCAUCCAUAUGGGCGCCGGUUCAAGUCCCAGCUGCUCCACCUCUGAUCCAGCUCUCUUCUAUGGCCUGGGAAAGCAGAAGAUGGCCCAGAUCCUUGGGAGCCUGCACCUGUGUGGGAGAUCCAGAAAAAGCUCCUGGCUUCAGAUCGGUGCAACUCCAGUCACUGCAGCCAUCUGGGGAGUAAACUAGUAGAUGGAAGACCCACCCACCCCCGCUCUGCCUCUGCUUCUCUGUAACCCUGUCUUUGAAUCAAAUCUUUAAAAACAAACAAGCAGUUAGCAUCUUCCAUCCACUGGUUCACUCCCCAAAUGGCUUCAACAUCCAGGUGUGCAUAUGGGAUCCCCGUGUUGGAGUGGCACAACCUGCCGCACCACGGGGAUGGCCCCGAGACCAGCGCUUUUAUAAGAUCCUCCCCAUGGCAGUUCGGGAAGUUGAGCCAGUUGAGCUGUUCCGUCAUGAGAGACGGCAGGUUCUAAAGGUGACGUGUGGUCACUGGAGACCAAGGAAAUGAGAGGAGGAAACACUUGAAUCGUGCACAGAGAAAGUCGGUUGCCAAAGGCAACAAAGACAUAGGCCCCCAGGA